AUGGCAUCCAAAAGUCCCAAAGAUAUUCGUGCGCUGCGUCGGUCGAGUCGUUUGGGGAGCAGCCACAGGAAUGACGAGGGCAUCAAGUCGACAGUGCAGGCGAGCCCGCGGCGCACCACUGGACAGCUCCGUUUGCCGACGCCUGUGGCGUCGACGACGAAACGCCGCGUGAAGAGGACGACGACGGCGAGCCGGAGAUCCAAGUCCAAGAGACCGGCCAAAGGCAGUGCUAGGAACUGCACCGAGAGUGAUGCGAGCCUUGAUCCAAGCAACCACGACCAUGAAAGCCUUUCGCCCACAGACUGUGCGUACUGCAGCCCAACAACGGACCAUACCAGAUGCCUCCAUAACCGAGGCAAGCCGCGACCCCCAAAGUCACCCGGUUCUUACCUUGGUCCAGAUGUCGUCUUGCAGUCUGUCGAGACCGCCCGCAAGAACGUCGAUGCUCCCAUGAGUGGCCACCAAAUCGGCAACGAGGAACAAUGGCACAACGUCGAUAAUAUUGUCAGCAUUCUGUCCAAGACAAGGGAGAAAGACCAGGCUUCCCGUACCAUUUCAAAGCCUUUUGUAAACAUACUGCCCAAACCUGCCUCUUCGACUGAUCUCCACAGCGAUGCUGAUACAGAGAUGUUAUCUCCCUCUUGCACUUAUCCACCGAGCCAUCAGCUACCUCAGCAAACGGCUAGCCACCCGGUCCUUCAGCCAUCCCAGGACCCUCACGUACGCUUUGUCAAUACAUUCCCUGACUCUUACACUUCGGAAAGUACAGCCAAGUGGAAGAAGAAGCUCGCUUUGUGUGAACCGCUCGUGAUACCCCAGUUCCGUCCUCCGACAAUCGUGCCGGGUUCGCCCUCUUCCAACUCGCCACAGAGCCCCAGGCCAAUGGCCAUGCCAAGUCUUUACAGUCACUCACAUUUUUCCGACCAAUCCGCCAUGUCUACUACGCCGGGAGUGUUUGUCUCGUCCCAGCUACAAUACCCUACGCCGACAGGUCUUCGUACGCAGCACACUUACCAACUCAAAGACUUGUCGACCUCAGUUGGAGCAAAUAGUAUGUACUCAGUGCCAUCUUCGGCUAACGCCAUAUCCUGGUACGGCUCUGAGAGGAGCGUCGCAUCCGAUGUAUACCCCACAGGGCGCCAGAACAUAGCCAUGUGGUCCGAAAAUAGCGGGCAGGGCAAGCCGUCAAGCAUGCCCGAGGCCUAUUUACAGCCUCCGACGCCCAUACUGCGGGCAAGAGAACUGCCAGACUAUACCAAGUUUCCUCCUCCGGCGUCAUUCAUGUGA